AUGGAAUCAAAUAAUGUUCAUCAUUCACAUGACGAAGAAAACGAUCAACAAAAAGUUGCAAUUUUUAAAUCACAACUUAAAAAUAUUGAGAGAAAUAAUCGAACUCUACCUUCAUCAAAGAUAAUUGAUCAAUUAGUAACUUCUAUGGAAUUAACUGAAACACAACUGGUUAUGAUUCCACGUCGACAUGCAUUAUAUCAAACUAUUUAUCGUGCUAGAAGUGAAACAAUUCCAUCUCUUCCAAAAUCUAUAGAACUUUUGAUUACAGAAGAAACUGUUGUACGUAUGAAACAUUUUCAAUUGUUAAAUGGAAAAACAAAAUCAGUUAAUAAAACUGUUUGCGAUGGUGUUAUUGAAAUAAAUCAAAAACUUAUUGAAUUAAAUCGAAAAUUUGCAGAUGAUGAAUUUGAACUUGAUGAGUGUCUUACAUCACUUUCAGCAUUAGUCGGUGUAAAAUAUGAUAAAUAG